AUGCGCACUAAUGCACCUGAUAUUUACUACCUUUGGAUGUUCUGCCACCGUGAUCGCAAAAAAUUUUGUAAACACCAUUCACUUGAUGACCUUACUUCCCACUUUAAAUUGAAAAACGAAAAUGUGGACGAUGGCACGUUUUAUGAAGGUUGGACCUACCUUGAUGGAACACAUUACAUGAAUCACUGGCCUCAAAGUUCAUAUAAACUCAAAAGAAUUUGCACCCAAAAUAUCCGCCCUCAGUGCUACGGGUGUGUCGUAUCUGUUUACGAUAUUCAAAUCAUCUUAGAAAGAACAACAACAAUUCCGGUUCAUCAAAAGUUAAAAGUGCCUGAUGUUGGAGAAAUAAAGAACAUCACGAACAAAUUUGUUGAUGAUUACCGUGGUUGCCUCUCCACGUCAGUUGAAGUUAGUUCUUAUCAAAUGAAUCCCUUAUUUGACAAUCCACUUGACAAUAACAUCACAAUCAGUGAAAUAUCAUGCGAAUUUCACUUUUUAAAAUCUUUUUUAGUUUUAAAAUGUUGCUUAAGAAUCGUUGUGUUUCUUAAACAGUCUCUCUCCUUUGAAAGCCGAAUUCAAACCGAGGACUGUCUUUUAUUUGAUCUGAGCAAGGCAUACUAUUUCGAUCUGUUGAUUUGA